GAUCUCUUGUACUGGAAGGGGACUCUUGUCAAACAGGUAGAAUCUAUCUAAUAAGAACUCACCACCCUGGAAAGCUUGGAAAAUUCUUUAUAAAAACCGUGAAUGUGCAUUCUUCAUGACAAACUGAAUAUGAAUAUAUAUUUCAUGCAUUGACAUAAAUAUAGAGUACUGCAACAAUAGUUCUUGCAGCAGAAUUUGAUCCUUGUGUCAAAAACUCCUGUCUUAUUGAACUGGUCAAUUAUUGUAUUUUUGCUGAAGCCUCCCCCUGAUUAUAAUUAGAUUGUUGUAUCUGAAUAAUACAAGCAGUGUCCAAGAAAUUAUCUUGUGUGCUCAAUACAAAGUUGACAUCAAGACCUCAGCAAUACUGUUAUUGCUGAACAAUAUUGGUCAUUUUAAACCCAUGAAACAAAAUUGUUGGAACCUUUUGAAGCUAAUUCCUUGCUUGAAGUAAUAAUAUGCCUAAGUUCAAUGAAACUGACGUCAAGCAUGCCUCAGUAGAAGAGGCACUUGUCAAACCCACAAUUGAAAACAAAUUGUCAAAUGCACUUAUUGUCAAACCAAAUUUAGAAGAAAAUAUACCUGACAUCUAAAAGACCCAUGGAACAUCCCAUCAUAUCAUUUCACAAACAGGCAGAGAAAUCAUUUCUUCUCACAUGGAGUCACCUGCUACACCACUUCCUGCAUAAGGGAUUUAUUCCCGAUUCUUGAAGUCACUCAUGCGCAACCACCAGAGAGAGAGUGGUGCAGGGCGUGAGGCGAUGGGGGACACAUUGGCAAAGAGUUUGGACAACCAAGAGUUCUGCUCCGGCGAGAUGGGGCCUCACCCCCUGCACAGUCUUGGAUAGAGCGCAGCAGGAGAGAAAAAUGGCCGCGCACUUCAAAAUGAUAGUGAGGGUUCCCCUUGGAUCGCUUAAAUACAACAGUAUCCAGAAUUCUUGCACCACCGCGGUUGAUGAGAAAUUCGAAAUUUUGUCCUUAUGUAGACUUUGCGUGGACUAUCAGGAGUGGACUUCCGUGCGUGAAGGGCCGAUAAGAAAUAAUUAUUACUCAUCCUCUUUGGAAAUUGAUGGCCUUUACGGUAUUUUCCAAGAUGUCUCCCCGAGGUGCAUAUAUAAUUACGUGAAGGCAAUAUUUAAGCAUUCAGGACGUUCAUUUAACUCUAGUGAAAAUUAUUUGUUCUCCAGAAUCUUCAGUUAUCCAUAGGUUUUCAAAUUUUGUAUGUGAUUAAAAUGGCAUGGCCGGCGUACCGCCGAAAGAACCGGACCAUGAUUGUGAAUUGCGGGAGAGAUUGGAAUUGAGCCAGGACAAACUCCAAGUGCUGCAACGAUGCAACAUGGAGAGCUUCUGGUAUCGCUCCUUCCCUUUUGCCAUAGGGCUAUUGGUCCUGGCUCACCUUGGCAUUCAAAAAGUCCUGCUUGCCACCUUAGUCGGAUACAUAGCAGGAAAGUUCUCGUACUGGGACAAGUGCGCGGAAAUGAUAAUGGAGCUACCCAACAGUCACUUAGCAGAAACUCUCCGCCGUAACCAACAAAACGCUGGACGCCCUCCCAUCCCGAAUGAAGAAUUGUCUGUUCCGGUUUACUCCAAACCAACGUUCAAGCAGAUCGCAAGUCGCACAGCUCGAGAUGGGUCAGUGUGUGACUUGGACAAUUAUCGUAAACCUGAUUUGGACCUCCUGCUUGCCACCUUAGUCGGAUACAUAGCAGGAAAGUUCUCGUACUGGGACAAGUGCGCGGAAAUGAUAAUGGAGCUACCCAACAGUCACUUAGCAGAAACUCUCCGCCGUAACCAACAAAACGCUGGACGCCCUCCCAUCCCGAAUGAAGAAUUGUCUGUUCCGGUUUACUCCAAACCAACGUCCAAGCAGAUCGCAAGUCGCAGAGCUCGAGAUGGGUCAGUGUGUGACUUGGACAAUUAUUGUAAACCUGAUUUGGACCUAAGUUCAUUUCAGGAAUGACCACCGGAAGCGUCAAUGAUGAAAGAAGAGGAAAACCAAAGCAAAGAUGUUCAAGGCUUAUCGUAUGAUGAACUUUGUAGGAGAAAUUGAUCUGAAUUUGAAACGAAGAAGUACAAGCAGAUGAAGUGUGAUGUAAUGGGUCCACUUGCAUCUUCAGCAGCUCCUGAUCCGGAGAAGCCAAAGAAGGGUUGUACUACAAAUGCUUAUGGUGAUGAGUGGGAAAAGUGAGGUAGAUUGCAGCUGAAUCACCUGCAGUGUUCCCUCUAGUGAGCCCCAUUUGUCGAUUCUGUUUGUGAUUUUUGACUCUCGAUUCAAGGGUUUUCUCUUUUAUUGGAGUUGAGAUGAUCUAUGAGCGGUGAAUGAAAUCGUUCAUGCGUUGUUGAGAAGCAUUCCUGUUACUACGCUGUUAGUGAGAUAUAGUUGAGUAUGCUCAAGAAAAAGUUUUGCUCUCUCAUUUCUCAAUGAAUUGAAAAACGAUCCGCGUUCAA